AUGCGUUGUAACCUUUUUCGGGUUUUACACAAGGCGGUUGUUGCGUUUGUUAAAGACUGCUGUUGUUGUAGUGUGAUUGAUGGUUUGAGAGUGGUUGGUUUUGUUGAUGAAAUGAGGGAGUAUGGGUUCGGGAUUGGGUACCCGUGUUAUAGUACUCUUUUGAUGUGUUUGAGUAAGUUGCAGAUGGGUUUAUCGGCUUUUUCGGUUUAUAAACGAAUGGUGAAUGAUGGGUUUGUUUUGGGGUUGAUUGAUUACAAGAUGUUGGUUAAUGCUUUGUGUAAGAGUGGCCUUGUGCGAGCUGCGGAGACGUUUGUUUCGCGAGUUGUGAAGAUUGGGUAUGAUGUGGAUGUUCAUAUUGGUACUUCUUUGGUGUUGGGGUAUUGCAGGAUUGGUGAUGUUAAAGACGCCUACCAAGUGUUUGAUGAAAUGCGUAAGAGAAACGGGUGUGGUGUAAAUGAGGUGACUUUUACGGUAUUGAUUCAUGGUUUAUGUGAGGUGGGUAAGGUGUCCGAAGCGUUUCAGUUAAAGGAACAAAUGGCUGUUAAUGGAUGUCGACCAAGUACACGAACGUAUACCGUUCUUAUUAAAGCGGUUUGUGAUACGGGGUUGACCGAUAAGGCUAUGUGUUUACUUGAUGAAAUGGUGAAGAAGGGAAGUGACCCGAACGCUCAUACUUUUACGAUACUAAUCGACGGGUUAUGUCGGGAAGGUAGAAUCGAGGAGGCGAAUGGGAUCUUCAGGAAAAUGGUGAAAGACGGAUUGACUCCAAACACAGUUACGUUUAAUGCGCUUAUCAACGGUUACUGCAAACACGGAAGGGUUGUUUCGGCUUUUGAGCUUCUUGCCAUGAUGGAGAAAAGAAACAGUAGGCCGAAUAUUCGCACCUACAAUGAACUUAUGGAAGGAUUAUGUAGAAUUGGUAAGCCUUACAAAGCCAUGAUAUUGUUAAGAAAGAUAAUCGACAACGGUUUGUGGCCCGAGAGGCUAACUUAUAACAUAUUGGUUGACGGUUUCUGUAGGGAAGGUCAACUUGAUAUGGGGUUUCGGUUACUAAAAUUAGUUGAUUCGUUGUACUUUGUUUCCGAUCAGUUUGCUUACACAACUCUCAUCGAUCGGCUUUCCAAAGACGGAAAACUGGAUCAAGCAAACGGGCUAUUGGGAUUCAUGAUGAAGAAGGGAAUACAUCCAGACGAAGUGACAAUUACCGCGAUUAUUAACGGGUAUUGCAAGAAUCGUAGAAUAGAAAACGCGGUUACGGUUCUUGAUACAACUCUCUCGUCGAAAAAUCUUACUUUGACUGGUCCGCACAUCUUCAACUUGCUGAUUGAUGCUUUCAGUAAAGAUAUGAAAUUCGGUUUAGCAUAUGCAAUGAUCGCAAAGAUGUUGAAAUGCUGUGUAACUCCUUCUGUGGUGACUUACACGACUUUAAUCGACGGGUUUUGCCAAACUGGUGAUAUUAAUCGGUCAUUGGAAGUUUUUGAACUAAUGAAACGUUGUAAUUGCGCCCCAAAUGUGUACACUUACACGGUUUUGGUUAACGGGUAUUGUCAAACUGGGACAUUAGGGGAAGCGGUGAAGCUUUUAAACACAAUGUACGAUUCGGGUGUGUCACCAAAUGUUAUUACGUACACUAUAUUAAUUAAAGCAUACGUUAAAUCCGGUGAUUUGGAACAUGCAUUUGAAAUCUUGAAUGAUAUGGUAAAAAACAAGUGCCAACCAAACUUUGAGACGUUUUCUGCGUUGCUUGAAGGAUUAGUUAUCUCUAAAAGUGUUACCGACGGUUCUUUAACGGUGUUUAAAGAGUUGGGUUCUUCUCAUGUUGUUGAGUUCGUUCAAAAAGCGAAGAAACACGGUGUUGGGGAUUCCGAUCUUUAUAGUUUCUUGAUUACGGGUCUGUAUAAAGCGGGAAGAAUACUUGAAGGUGAUGAACUGGUUCAAGAAAUGAUGAGAAAAGGCUACUUUCCCGACAUAUAUGUGUGUUCUCAUAUCAUGGAACAUUUGUGUAAGCAACGGAAGUAUGACGAUUGUGUAGCGUGGAUGAAACGUAUGUUUGAUCGCGGGUUGAUGCCGUCUUUUGGAUUAUAUUGUUGUUUAGUUCGCGGUUUUCAAAAGGAAGGAAGGAGUGUUGAAUUGCAAGAUUUGAUGUCAGAUUAUUCGAGUAAAGCUGGUGUUGAGGAUAGAGAUGGAGUGUCAACAUACAUGGAUUUUUUGGUAAAUUGUGAUGAACAUGAUGAGUGUUUUGAGGUUUUGAAAGUUGUUGAGAGACUUAGUAAUCAAGAGAGACCAGUAAUCUAG